AUGGCCAAGAAGGAUAAGAAGUCUAAGGAAGCCAAGAAGGCGCGUACGGCCGAGAAAGCCAAAAAGAACCAACUGAAAGCCGAAGUGAAGAACAAGAAAUUGGCUAAGAAACAAGGCGAUGAGGAAGAAGAAGAUGAAGACAUUGAUGCCCUUUUAGAAAGAAUAGCCAAAGAACAAGAGGAAUUUGAGGCCAUAAAGAUUGAGACAUGUUCACAUCCAACCAAAAGAUUGAACCCUACGAUGGUCUCAAGUCCAACUCAUGGCAAGAGAGAGAUGAUCUUAUUUGGAGGUGAAGUUAACGAUGGGACCAAAUCAACUUUCUAUAAUGAUUUGUAUACUUAUACAAUUGAUAAUGAUAUUUGGAGGAAGUAUACGUCUAAGAAUUCUCCUUUACCUCGGUCUUCCCAUGCCAUGUGUUCUCACCCUUCGGGGAUAGUGGUUAUGUUUGGAGGUGAGUUCUCAUCGCCCAAACAGUCUACCUUUUACCAUUACGGUGAUACUUGGAUUUUAGAUGCGGACACUAAGGAAUGGACUAAAGUGGACCAGAGGAAGGGCACUCCUUCUGCUCGGUCGGGUCAUAGAAUGUGUGUCUGGAAGAACUAUAUACUUUUACAUGGUGGGUUUAGAGACACUGGGUCAAUGACUACUUAUUUAAAUGAUUUAUGGUUAUUUGAUAUUACCAGCUAUAAAUGGAUCCAAGUUGAGUUUCCUCCCACGCUUUCGCUUCCAGAUGCCAGAUCAGGCCAUUCCUUAGUGCCCUGUGCUGAUGGGGCUGUCAUCUAUGGUGGCUACUGUAAGGUCAAAGCUAAGAAGGGCCUACAGAAGGGUAAGGUUCUUAACGAUUGUUGGUUGAUUAAGAUGAAAUCUGAUCCUAAGGCUAUACGGGUCGAGAGAAGAAGAAAGCAAGGGUUUGUUCCGUCUCCCAGAGUUGGAUGUUCUAUGGUGUACCAUAAGAAUAGAGGAAUUAUGUUUGGUGGAGUCUACGAUUAUGAAGAGAGUGAAGAGCAAUUGGACUCCAUCUUUUAUAAUAGUUUACAUGCCUAUCAAAUUGAGACCAACAGAUGGCAUAAUUUGUCCUUGAAACCUCCAAGAAGAAAGAAUUUGCUGCAGGCUCAACCAAAGCAGAAGACCAGAGACGAAGAUUUGGAAGAUAUCUUAAACAAUAUUUUGAAGAAUGCUCAUUUGGAAGACACUGAUGAAGCUGCAGACGUGGAGAUGUCCCAGAUUGAAAGGUUAAGGAAGUUGGAAGAAGAGGAAGAACAAUUGAGAGAAAAGAAAGAGUUUGUGGUAAUGAACCAGUUGCCUCACCCAAGAUUCAAUGCUACCACGUGUAUUGUUGAUGAUACAUUGUAUAUAUUUGGAGGUAUAUUUGAACGUGGAGAACAAGAGUUUAAUUUGGAUUCUCUUUAUGCCAUUGAUAUGGGUAAAUUGGAUGGUGUAAAGGUCCUUUGGGAAGACUUGAGUGAACUUGAUAAAGAAACUGUUAUCUCCGAUGACGAAGAAGGCGACGACGAUGAGGAAGACGAAGAAGAGGAAGAAGUACAAGACGACGACGAAGAUCAAGAAGACGAUGACAAUGACGAUGAAGAAGACGAUGACGAUGACGAGGAAGACGAAGAAGAAGAUGCAUUCCCUGAUGAUAGACCAUGGCUUCCACAUCCUAAAGCAUUUGAAACGUUGAGAGCCUUCUAUGUACGUACAGGUGCUCAAUUCUUGGAAUGGUCCAUCUCAAGUAACCGUGAUGCCAGAGGAAAGGACUUAAAGAAGGCAGCCUUCGAUAUCUGUGAAGAUAGAUUUUGGGAAAGAAGAGAUGCUGUUGCUGUUGCUGAAGAGAACUUAGAAGAGUUGGGUGGUGUAGGUGAAGUUAUAGAGAAGGACACCACCAAGAUUACCAAAAGAAGAUGA